ACUUGAUGUAAGUAUUAUUAACCACCACAAUCAAAAUAAAAGGUGGAGUAGAAAGUCAAUAUUUUUAAUUUUUCAAGAUCAUAAAUCACAUUUUUAAACAGUUUUCAAACUUUUUACAACAUGCAAGACCCUAACGAAGAUACAGAAUGGAACGACGUGUUACGGGCUAAAGGAAUUUUGCCGCCAAAACAAAAAGAACUCGAAAUUUCAGAAGAUCAAAUCGUGAACUUACUUGAGGAUACGGUCUCAAAAAGAACGGGCGAGAAAGUUGUUAAAAAUUAUGAAGAUAUGACUUUAGAUGAACUAGAUGAAUUCGAAGAUGAAGAAGAUGAGAGGGUACUUGAAGAAUAUAGGUGAAGUUUGAGUAACAUGUGUGGUAUAAUUUGUAUAUUAGAAUGACAAAUUGUCAUUUUUGACAAGGAAGUACAAAAUACUAUAGUGUUAAUGUACUGAAUAGUAAUCUUUUAAAGCACACCAUCUGUCAAAUCGAUCAUACCAGAAUGAAUUUUAAAUAUUAUUGGGAAGUGGACACCAGAUCCUAUGGGACCGGUCAUUAAUAAUGGGAGGGGGAGGGGGGGGGCGGUGGUUGAGAAAAGGGGGCGGCUUCAACUAUUCUUGCGUGAAUUGGGGGUGGCCUCAAACUGAAAAAAUAUGUGACAAAAGGCAACCCCAAUAGACCUCAUGCAUAAUGACGUCACAAGCCUGCUAGGAAUGCGGGCAUAGGUCUUAAUAGUCAUUGCCCGGGAAAAUUAAACAAUUCAAAAUGGCCACUAUCAAAAUUUUCACUGCCAAUGACCAUAGGCGUACCGGGCGGGGGGGGGGGCGGCAGCCCCCCCAGUUUUUUGGGCAGUUGGGCAAUAUUCGAUCAACAGUCGGGCAAUUUUGGCUUGCAAUAAAAAAAAAUGUGACAAAUUCUGUAAAUUUUUUCUAAAAUUAAGUCAAUUUCUGGGCAAAUUUUGCGAUUUUCCGAAAAUUUUGUGUAUGUUCCGAAAAAUUUUGGUUGUCCGGAAAAUUUUUUUGACCCCUAAAAUGGUAGUCGGGCAAAAUCCCGAAAAGUCGGGCAAUUUUCUUUCCGCCCCCCUAAUUUUUUCCUUCCGGUACGCCCAUGCCAAUGACUACUAGGACCAGCAUUCCUUGCGGGCAUCAAGCCUUGUGACGUCAUUAUGCAUAAGGUCUAUUGGCCAUUUUUUUAAUACUUUCCUACUCAUUUUCAAUCUCUCGCCUUUAUCGUAUCCCACAAAAUACUUUUACCUUGUUUAGUUCCUAUAAUGCAUCAUAGUUUCCAUAGUUUAUUAUGUAUAUGCAGUUCACCAUAGGAAUUGGAGUUUACAAAUAACAACCAUUUUGAAUUCUGGUCCUCUAAUUAUUUAGGCUGCACAAUGUCUUACACCAGUAUUUGUCCCAUUACCUAUUUUACACCAAAAAAUUUAACAAAUUAAAUGUUUGGAGGGGGGGGCGUCUUGAAAAUAAAGGUCUUGCGAUUGGGGCGGCUCUAAAAAAGUUCAACAUUUGGUAUUUAUCACCCACCGUUUUUCAGUCAUUUUGUAUUACGCACAUGAUCAAACUGAUUAUCAAUUUUAUUACAAAUGGUUGUAAUACAAAAUGACUGAAAAUGGCAAACUUCGCAAGGCUAUAUUAUCCGCAUUUUACAACAUUUCGCAACAAAACUUUGGAAUAUUACUAAUUUUGUGAUGCUCUUUCAAGCUGUGAUGAAAUUUUUGUCUAGAUCAAAAUUUCACUCAAAAGGGGAAAGGUCUAUUGAAUGGUUAAGGGGUCUGAGUUUCCGUGCACACUGAAAAUUGUUUGCGUGUAAUAUAUGUUCACAACACAACUUGCAUGCAGUACUUUUUAACUGUUUGUAUGUUUAUUAGAAAACAACGGCUGGCAGAAAUGAAACAAUAUCAACAAGUAGCAAAAUUUGGUGAGAUGAUGGAGAUUACAGCUGUGGAUUAUGUUCAGGAAGUAAAUAAGGCUGGGGAGGGAAUUUGGGUUAUACUGCAUCUUUAUAAAACUGGGUACGUUUUAAUAGAAAUGAAUGGUGUGGUAUGGUAUGGUGUGGUGUGGUGUGAUAUGGUACAUGGUAUGGUGUAUUGUAUGGUGUGGUGUGGUGGUGUGAUAUAGUAUAUUAUGGUAUAAUGGAAUGAAGUGGUGUGGUAUGGUAUGGUAUGGUGUGGUAUGGUAUGGUGGUCAAAUGGUAUGGUAUGGUACAUGGUAUGGUGUUGUGGUGUGGUAUUAUAUGGUAUGAAGUGGUAUGGUAUGGUGUGGUGGUGUGGUAUUAUGAAGUGGUAUGGUAUGGUGUGGUGGUGUGGUAUUAUAUGGUAUGGUGUGGUGUGGUGUGGUAUGAUAUGGUAUAUGGAAUGGUAUGGUAUGGUGUGGUGUGAUAUGGUUCAUGGUAUGGUGUAUUGUAUUGUGUGGUGUGAUAUAUGAUAUGGUAUAGUAUAUUAUGGUAUAAUGGAAUGAAGUGGUAUGGUAUGGUAUGGUAGUCAAACAGUAUGGUAUGGUAUGGUAUGGAAUGAAGUGGUGUGGUAUGGUACAUGGUAUGGUGUGGUGUUAUAUGGUAUGAAGUGGUAUGGUAUGGUGUGGUGGUGUGGUAUGGUAUAUUAUGGUAUAAUGGAAUGGUGUGGUAUGGUAUGAAAUGGUAUGGUAUGAAAUGAAACUAAAUGAAGUGGAAUUGAAGGAAAUAAAUGGAAAAGAAUGGAAUGAAAUGGGAUCACAUUCUCAUUACAUAUGUAUACACACACAAAAUGCUUAAAUCCAUUUAAAUCAUUCUUAUGAAACAACCACAUAAAUUAUAGAUAUAAGCAUUUAAUGCUGUUUAGAUUCAGUAUGUAGUUAUUGAAGUAAUUAUUACAUAUUAUAAAAUUCAGAGGAAUAUUUAUAAACUCUUCUGUCUUUAACAGUAUGAGUAAAAAUAACCAAAAGGUUGAUUCUAUUAUUCUUGCCAGAAUCCCACUGUGUGCCUUACUAAACCGUCACCUCCAACAGUUAGCUCAAAAAUUCCCAACGACUAAAUUCCUGAAGAGUAUAUCAACUACCUGUAUCCCUAACUAUCCCGAUAAGAACCUACCUACGAUAUUUAUCUAUCGUAAUGGUCAGAUGUCGAAACAACACAUAGGACCGAUUGCGUUUGAUGGAAUGAACUGUUCUCUUGAAGGUAUGGAAAAACCGACUAUGAGGACUGGACUAGAUGUCAAGGCAAUUAGAUCGAAAUGCGAGGACUUAAAAUCUAAUCCAGUCUCCUCAUAGUCGGAUUUGAAAUGACAUCUCAGACGAAUAAGUCACCACUUAAUUCAUUUUGAUCCAGGCCAAGGACUGAAUUAAGUUUGAUCCAGUCCUAGGACAGGAUCAAUGUACUUCAUCAGAUAUCCAGUAUUAUCAUCAAGGGUGGGUAGUAGCGAAGUAGCUGUAGUUCGCUACUGUAGCGAACUACAAUUUUCAAGUAGGCAGUAGUUUUUGACUACAUUUUUAAAACAGUAGCUGUAGUUAUAGCGAACUACAUUUUGCCUAAAAGUAGCCAAGUAGUUGACUACUUUUCAAACAGCAAAUCGCUAUUCGCUACUUUUAAAAAUUGUUAACAACUUGAUAGAAUAACAUGAUAUUGAGGCACGAUUUGCCUAAAAUCGAUACUCGAUAGUCAAUUUGCACUCCUGCACACUGUAUAGUGAUUACAAAAAUGUUGCUUUGUGUUUACUGUUGCUACUCGUAAGUCGAUUUGUUAGAGGUUACAUUACAGUCUGAGUUAGUAUAGAUGCUCCAAAUACAGUGAAACUAAAAAAUAUAGCGUAGCGAAAUAGCGAAAGUGUAGUCGCUACAUUUUUUAAGCAGUAGCUGUAGUCAGUAGCGAACUACCUUUGUUCAAAAGUAGCAGUAGUUGUAGCUGACUACAUAUUUUUGAAGUAGCUGUAGUCAUAGCGAACUACAAAAAGUUUGUAGUCAACCCACGCUUGAUUAUCAUGUGAACAAAAUAAAGCAAUAUGGUUGGCUAAUUUACUCGUGAAUUGUUAAUGACUUUGAGAUUUAAGUGGAAAAUCUUUUGUUUGUUACGGUAACACGCGCUCAAAACUAGUGAUGAUGCUUUUCCUCUUGGUUAUGACUUUUUUCAACUUUUUAAUUUUUGAUACGUUUCUCCAGAGGCAAUCAAGCUUAAAAAGUAUGUUUACCUGUAAAAGUAUGCUUUAUCUGUAAAAUAAUGCUAAAAUGAAGAGAUUUUAGAUGAUACGCCAAAGAAAAAAUGAUGUCUGAAGUUCAGUAACUUUUGCUUAUAUUGCUGUAUAAAUAUGGCGUCAAUUUUACAGCAUCAAUGAUAAUUGUAUUUAAAUUGACAAUAUUUAACAAUUAUUUUGUGUUUCUCAACCGCCAGAUACAUUUGAAAAGGUUGCUAAUUGUAUAAACUACAAAAUAAAGCUAAAACAAAGUAAUUUUGAGAGGAACUCCAAAAAGAUUUUAGGUUUUGAACACUUUUCAUCGCAAAUACGUGACAAUACGAGACAAACGCCGACAUUGAAAACAAUUGUCUCUUAAUUGCUAAGCUAACUGAAACUUUUAAAUGUACGUUACUUAGAAACGUUUUUAUCAUUUACAAUAUUUUUAUUUCAUUGCCCUUGUUCCUCGUAGAUUUAGAAUGGAUGCUAUCUGAAAGCAGAGCGAUAAAAACGACCCUGGAAGAAGACCCCAGAAAACGAAGACAAAUUAAAGACGUCAUGACGUCAUCAUUACGUUCUGGUGGACAAUAUAAUCACGAUGAUGAUGAUGAUGAUGAUAGUGAUUGAUGAUAGUCGGAUCAUUUUGCAAAGAUGUAGAAAAUAAAUAAUAUAAGUUUUAUAAAUGUUCGCAGCAUGUUUUGUAUUGUAAAUUUGCAUUCGUGUACACGCCCCUCGUGGGAACUAUGUGAUAGUUAUAUGCUACCGUGUUUAAAUAAAAGUCUAACAC